UCAGAGUUAACUUAUAAGUAGAUCAUAAAAUAAAAAUGACAAUUUUUGUAACAAUUCCUUAAUUAAAUAGUGUCGUAUAUUUGAGUAAUAUCUUGUAUAAACAAGAAAAAGACAGAAUUAGUGUAAUUAUCCAUAGUUUUGGAUAAGUAAGAUACGUGAAUAUUCACGAAUAUCAUUCUUUUGUUGUAACCAAAAAAGAAAAGAAAGAUAAUUCGAUAAAUGUGAGAGAUCUUCCGUAACGGAUCUAACUAAUAAACUACAUCGGUGGAUAUAUAUUAAACAUUAAUAACGCAAGGCAAGAAGACGUUUCGUGACAAGUGUUAACAGAGACGACGACAAAGACAUGGCGAAACAAGAAGAAGUUUCUGUCCCGAUCUUCUCAUCCCUUGAACCUGUUUACGGCGAAGGAUCUCAGCUCGAUGAAGCUAAGACACGGUUCGACGUUUUGAAAUCCAAAUUCAACCAAGUGUUUGAUGCUUCUCCCCAACUCUUCGCUCGUUCUCCCGGAAGAGUGAAUUUGAUUGGAGAACACGUAGACUAUGAGGGAUACUCUGUCUUGCCAAUGGCUAUUCGUCAGGAUACCAUUAUUGCUAUUCGAAAACGUGAAGGUCAGAAUCAGCUUCGGAUCGCAAACGUUAAUGAUAAGUACUCCAUGUGUACUUAUCCUGCUGAUCCUCACCAGGAAAUUGACUUGCAGAAUCACAAAUGGGGUCAUUACUUCAUUUGCGCGUACAAAGGGUUCCAUGAGUAUGCAAAGUCAAAAGGGGUGAAUGUUGAUUCACCAGUUGGACUUGAUGUGGUUGUUGAUGGCAUUGUUCCUACAGGUUCUGGAUUGUCAAGUUCUGCUGCCUUUGUCUGCUCAUCAAUGAUUGCUAUUAUGUCUGUCUUUGGUGAGAACUUUGAAAAGAAAGAACUUGCACAACUUACAUGUGAAUGCGAACGGCACAUUGGAACACAGUCUGGUGGGAUGGACCAGGCAAUCUCUAUAAUGGCUAAAACUGGAUUUGCUGAGCUUAUUGACUUCAACCCAGUCCGUGCAACCGAUGUGAAACUCCCUGAUGGAGGUAGCUUUGUGAUUGCACACUCUCUUGCAGAGUCUCAGAAGGCUGUCACAGCUGCUACUAAUUAUAAUAACAGGGUUGUUGAAUGUCGACUUGCUUCGAUCAUACUUGGCAUUAAGCUUGGAAUGGAACCAAAAGAAGCAAUAUCAAAAGUAAAGACUCUCUCUGAUGUGGAGGGACUAUGUGUUUCAUUUGCUGGUGAUCGUGGCUCAUCUGAUCCUGUUCUAGCUGUGAAGGAAUAUCUGAAAGAAGAACCAUAUACGGCCGAGGAGAUUGAGAAAAUCGUCGAGGAGAAGUUACCAUCAGUAUUGAACAAUGAUCCAACAUCUUUAGCUGUACUUAAUGCUGCAACGCAUUUCAAAUUGCAUCAGAGAGCUGCACACGUUUACUCUGAAGCUCGGAGGGUUCAUGGUUUCAAGGAUACUGUCUAUUCAAACUUAAGUGAUGAAGAAAAGUUAAAGAAACUUGGUGAUCUCAUGAACGAAAGCCAUUACAGCUGCAGUGUCCUAUACGAGUGCAGUUGCCCGGAGCUAGAAGAACUGGUUCAAGUUUCAAGGGAUAAUGGAGCACUUGGAGCAAGACUGACUGGAGCUGGAUGGGGAGGCUGUACCGUGUCCUUGGUUAAGGAGUCUAAUGUCUCUCGGUUCAUUGAUACAGUCAAGGAGAAGUACUACAGAAAGAGGAUAGAGAAAGGAGUGGUGAAGGAAGAAGAUAUGGAGCUUUACCUUUUUGCCUCCAAGCCUUCAAGUGGUGCUGCCAUCUUCAACUUCUAACCAUAUGCUUCUUCCUUCUCUCUUAUUUCUAAUUUUCAAUAGUUGUUUGCAAUUGUCACGUUAUAUUAAUUAAUCUCUCAACUUUUAAUUACGAAUAAGUAUUGUUGGAUAAUCAGGUUUGAAACCAAUAACAAAUAAGGUGUGAUAAACAAGUUCAGAAAGGAUAAAUGUACCAGUGGACUACUUAUCCCUUAUAUAAACUUCUAACCAUAUG